AUGAUUCACUUGUUUCUCUCACUGCUUCUGGUACCGUUAAUCCAAGCUAUACCGGAAUGUUUCAACGAAGUGCCCGGUCGUGUACUGAGCGGCAGUUCCAUUUUGAUUCUUGACGAGCUAUCAUUGCCUCAAUGUAGAACAGCUUGCUUAGAAUUGGAGAAAGAGAGAUGCAGAUCUUUCUCAUAUUCCACAAAAAAUGGACUUUGUCAAUUGAACAGUAAAGAUCGAAGUGGGGGAGGUAGAUUAGAUAUCAGUCUUGGAGAUACCAGCUAUUUUGAGCGUUUCUGCUAUGAUAAGCCAAGUGUUGCUAUUCUCCGAGACGAAAGCCUUUUUAUUGAUAACUGUUAUGAACAAACAAAAGGAAAGAUACUAAUUGGUAUUGUCGACCAACUCAUUCAAGAUAUAGACACUAUCGAAUUAUGCCAAAAGGCUUGUCAAAAAAGCCAGGAGAGGUUCGAAGUUGUUUGUAAGAGUGCAGCCUAUUAUGAAAAAGAAAAAGAGUGUAUUUUGGCAUCUCAAUCACGUCAUGAUAUUCCUGACUUGUUUAUCGAUGAUGACAAUGCUGUUUAUAUAGAGAAUGUAUGUUUGGGACCAAAACCCAUGAGGCAGAACGAAGUGAAGAAAGUGGAGAUCAAUAAAAAUAAGAAGAAUACUGUCAACUCACAAUCGGUUGGAGAUACUGACAAGUUAUCAGAAAAUACGAAAUUAUCCCUCGGGAAGAUUUUAACCAGUAAAAAUCCUUUGUUGAGAGCAACAACGGUGGCCCCAUUGGAACAAUCUGGAUAUGAUUCGCCUUCAAAUGACAUUCUCGAUCAUAAGCAGGAAGCUAUGCUGGCAAGUACCCCAAUCUCAAUACCAUCUAUAGAUCCAAAAGUUGUUGACUCUUAUGCUGUUGAAGUAUCAUCCACUUCUAUUGCACCUGAAGCUGCCGUAGUGCAGACUUUGAAAAGUUCGUCAAGUUAUAGCAGAAGGUUGAAAGACGAGCGCAUUCGCACGUGUUUCACAGAAGUGAAACCUGCCAGAAGAUUUGAAGAAUCGAGAAUAAGCAAAGCAUACUCUUUGGAGCAAUGUACUGAUAUCUGUAGGUUAUGCUGGAGAUGUUUGAGAGGAAAGAAAUGUCAAUCAGUAGCUUAUAACUCCGAAAAGGAAAUUUGCGCUCUCUCAUUAAGUCCAUUAAUUGAUGGAGGAUCAGGAGAUUCCAAUUUCCUUUAUCACAACAGAGGAGAAUGUUAA